CGAGACACCCCCAAAAAGGGAGGAAGCAUGUCUUCAGCAAGUUCCCCAGCAAAUGAUGGCCGUCCAUCCUGGGGAAAGAAAAAUCCCUCCAAGAAUGCUUUGGGUGGAACUUUUCAUAUUGUGGAAGGGAGAAUUCCAGGGGCUAAAAGAAUAUGUGUGAGAUCCAAGCCUCGCUCCGCAAGGAGGGAUGCGUGCCAGACGCGCGCUGCCCUGGAAGCGUGUGGACCGGAGACAGCGAGCUCUGCAGACGAACCAGGGGCGGCCGGCCUCGACGGGCUCCGGGCUCUGGGCUCAGAGGGCGCACGCGGGUCCGCGGCACGCGAAGGGACCUUCCCGGCCCCAGGCUCUCGGCGCGGCUGCGGUGGUCAAAGGCCGCAAACACGGGGUCGAACACCUGUGGGGCGGCCCGGCUUGGCGAGGGCCCACGCCCGCAGAACCCCGAGGUCACCAAGGCACCGGUCCUCCGGGGACCUAGAGCGUCCCGGAAGUGCACGAGGCCGGACGGGCGGGGCGCGGGAGCACUUCCGGCCGGCGGGCAGGCGGCCACCUCCCGAUCGGAAGGUGUGCACUCCUCCAGCAGGCCUUGGGGGAAGAUGGCGGCCCUGGGGGACGGUCAGGAGCCCCCUCAUGUCCUGUCCACUGUCACUUUCGAGUCACCGGAGACCCCUGGAGCCUACCACCACCACGAGGCCCAGCUUCACCUCCACGGCCAUCAACAUGGCUUCCCCGGCUGCAGCCCUGAGGUGCUCUCCCAGCCACCACAGGAGGAGGAUCUCCGGGACGUGGAGGAGGUCCAGACUGGCAGAGGCACCUGCUGGCCAGAUCCCCAGUUGGAGCGUGAGCAGGGCCCGUCGUCUCCCCAGCCGCACAAUCCUGGAGACGAGGCGGACCAGGACACGGGGGUGCUCAGGACCCUUCUGAGGAGCCUUCCCCGUAGUCCCAAGUGUGGGGACAGCUUGGGGCAGGAGUGCAGCCUGGAGCGGCCGGGGGCCGGGCCCCGUCCCCAGAAGAGAGGCACCUGGCGUGGGCCGCUCGGGCUGCAGGGAGCCUCGGGGACAGAGGGCGGCCCAGGGCGCACCGCCGAGCUGGCGGGCAGCCUCGGCCGGGGCUCGGGCCUCGGGGCCCGGCAGGGUGGCCCGCGGGGCGGGAAGCCGCACAGGUGUGAGGCCUGCGGCAAGAGCUUCCAGUACAACUCGCUGCUGCUGAAGCACCAGCGCAUCCACACGGGCGAGAAGCCCUACGCCUGCCACGAGUGCGGCAAGCGCUUCCGCGGCUGGUCGGGCUUCAUCCAGCACCACCGCAUCCACACGGGCGAGAAGCCCUACGAGUGCGGCCAGUGCGGCCGCGCCUUCAGCCACAGCUCGCACUUCACGCAGCACCUGCGCAUCCACAACGGCGAGAAGCCGUACGAGUGCGGCGAGUGCGGCCAGGCCUUCAGCCAGAGCUCCAACCUGGUGCGGCACCAGCGGCUGCACACGGGCGAGAAGCCGUACGCCUGCAGCCAGUGCGGCAAGGCCUUCAUCUGGAGCUCGGUGCUCAUCGAGCACCAGCGCAUCCACACGGGCGAGAAGCCCUACGAGUGCCCCGACUGCGGCAAGGCCUUCCGCGGCCGCUCGCACUUCUUCCGGCACCUGCGGACCCACACGGGCGAGAAGCCCUUCGCCUGCGGUGCCUGCGGCAAAGCUUUCGGCCAGAGCUCCCAGCUCAUCCAGCACCAGAGGGUGCACUACCGGGAGUAGCAGGCGCGGGGCCGGCGUCAGCAGCCUGAGGUCGAGGCGAGUUCCCGCGGAGGGCUCCCGCCUUCGCGCCUCCUGGCCGGCGCAGCCGGCGUCUCGUGCGUGUCCCGAAUAAAGUCUGUGUACUUGA